AUGGCACAUUCGAUAAUUAAAAAAAAAAAAAAUGUAUAUUUUGCUGUUUAUUUAUAUUAUAUACUGAAUUUCCAAAAAUAAUAUUUUUCUGUGCGUAGAGAAAAAUAUUGUAAUAAAUUAUACCUCAAAAAAACAAGACGCUCUUCGUUCUGAUUGGUCACUCUGGAGGAAGCCCCGCCCAGGCAUAUUGAGACUAUUUAAACACGCAUUCUAGUGCGCUUCGCUAUGUUCAACACCUGCACAUUGUGGGACUCUACCAACACCCUGUUCCAGCAUUCCCACCAAUGGUUGUUCAAGUGAAACCACGCAUUCGCUACAGCAGCAAAACCAUGGAAGGCAACCAGCAGAAAGUGGAGGCCAACAUUUUGUUACUUGGAGCUGAGAACGUUGGAAAGUCUGCCCUAACCGUGCGCUUUCUAACGAGGCGAUUCAUUGGAGAAUAUGGAGAUAUAGAAUCAAUAUACAGUCACACCGACAAGAUCGACGGGCGUGAUAUUUGCUUCAACAUCUGGGAUUCGCUUUGCCCUCAGAACGGAGAGGAGUCAGGAUACAUCAGCGACAGACAGCUGCAGUGGGCGGACGGCUAUAUCCUUGUUUACAGCAUCUGUGACCGCGCCAGCUUCAAUGUGGUGCGGCAACAAGUGCAGUGCAUACGACAAGCCAAGCAAAAACUGGCCAGCACAGCUCAGAUCAUAAUCGUGGGGAAUAAGAGAGACCUCCAGCACCGACGUACAGUGUCAAGUGAGGAGGGCCGGCUGCUGGCGCUCUCGGCGGACUGUGGGUUUUUUGAGGUCUCCGCUGCUGAGACGUACCACGGAGUGCUGAUGGUGUUUCAUGAACUGUUUGAGCUCAUCCGAGAGGCGAGGGCACUCAAGAAGGGCACCGCAGGCUUCAAAGGUAUCGUGAGGAGCAUGUCGGCCGUAUUUGGAAGGAAGCGGACUGAAUAGUUUUACAUUUCCCCUUUAAAGCGGUGGAAGAAUCGGGGAUAAGCCCUUUAUGAAAUCCAUAUUGGAAAAAAGACUGAUUAUUGAUCUCAACUGGAUUUUUGCAAGUUGACAAUCUUAGGGGCCGUUCACACUGUGUUCCAUCUGUGCUAUUUUUAGUUGGUCUAUGUAUGGACAGACAUCUUUGGCCAUUAUGUCGCUGUUUUUUGCCACCUUACACCAUGAGCAUCACUUAAGGUGUCUGUCAAGUUAAAAAUGUCUCUAGACCCCCUUCUGUUUUAUUGCUUUGUUCUGUUUUUGAAUAAAGAAAUGUGUCCUGUG